UCUCAAUUCCUUUUCCUGUUUCUCCCCAUUGCUGGUGGGGAGGGGAAUGGGGGGAAACAGCCUCUGGGUUGGACAUUUGGACUGCAGAUCCCAGAGAGGUGCAGAGAAGACAACAGCUGGGAGCAGGAACCACAUCCAGGAAUAAAAAUGGAAGAGCAGGACCCAGCAGGACCCAAACCCUGGAAGAAAAUGGAGGUGGGGGGAAGGGACCCUCACGUUGUCCAGGUUGGGACCAUCAGAGAGUUUCUGACGGAGGAAGGGCCACCACAAAUUAAGCAAGAACCCCACGAGGGUCUACCACAGUGUUGGGAAGCCCAGUGGCAGGAGUUCCUGAGGACAAUGCAGGCCCCUCAUUCAGGAUGGAAAAACCCACCACUGCCUCAGACCUGGUCAGAGGAGGAUUCUCGGGAUAUACAGGCCAGCUUCAAGGGAGUAGCUGAUGCCAGCCAGUGGUCUAGAGGAGAGCAUCUGGCCCAGACACUUCCAGGCCGCCGUGGAGAAACCCAAGCAAGUGCCAAGUCUUCCGUGAAAGUGGAGGGAGAGAUUCUGAACGAGGAGGGCAUCCGCUUAGAGACCCAGCGCCAGCACUUCCGGCAGCUCUGCUACCAGGAGGCUGAGAGGCCCCGAGAGGUUUUCAGGCAGCUCCAGGAACUCUGCCACCGGUGGCUGAAACCAAUGACAUACAGCAAGGAGAGGAUCCUAGAGCUAGUGAUCUUGGAGCAGUUCCUGACCAUCCUGCCUCAAGAAAUGCAGAGAUGGGUCUGGGAACGUAGGCCAGAAACCUCUGCCCGAGCAGUGGCCCUGGCAGAGGAUUUCUUGUUGAGACAGCAAGAGCCUGAGAGGUUAACACUGAAGAUGUUGGGGCCUUUGGAAGAGGUGACAAUUGAUUCCCCCAAGUCUGAGCUCCAUCCAGAGACAGAGAGGCACAUAUGGAAGAACAAGGAGGCCUUCCAACCUGAGCAAGUGGACAUUGGUGAGAUAUCUCCAGGAAGGGCCAGAGGACCAUCGUUCCAAAGUCCUGAUAUGAACGAGGUGCCUGGAAGUCAAGAGGGCUCAGAAAGUCACCAGGAAAACCAUUCAGGGAAGACAGCAAAACAAACUUUUCUUCAUAAGGAAGAUGAUCAGGGCUCCCACAGUAAACUUUUUCCUGGGGUUAUCUACAAUUGUCAGACAAAAACUACAGCAAUUGACUCUGGGGAAAUCUUCCGCCAGGACUCCAGCCUUCCUAAGGAUCAGGAAAUGCAUCGGAAAGAAAAGCUACAUGAGUGUAUAUAUUGUGGGGAAGUCUUCAUGAAUACAUCACACCUUAUUACGCAUCUGCGAAGCCACACGGGAGAGAAACCAUACGAAUAUCCAGAUGGUGGGCAAAGCUUCAGUCUUCCAAUUGGACAUGAGAGGGCUUGUAUUGGAGAGGAACAAUAUGGUUGCUCUGAGUGCGGGAAAAGUUUCAGUGACAGCUCUUACCUUCGAAAGCAUCAAAGGAUACAUACGGGCGAGAAACCAUUCAAUUGCUCACAGUGUGGGAAAUGUUUCGCCCAACGCUCUGUGCUUUGGAGACAUAAGAGGACUCAUGUGGGGGAGAAGCUACAUACCUGCUCAGACUGUGGCAAGGGCUUUUGUGAUAAAAAUUCCCUUCGCACGCACCAGAGAGCCCACACGGGAGAGAAACCGUUUGAAUGCUCCGAAUGCGGGAAACGGUUUGGCUAUGCCCCUAACCUUGCAAGGCACAAAAAGCUGCACACAGGAGAGAAGCCCUUUCAGUGUUCAGACUGUGGCAAACGUCUGUGUGAUAAAAAAUCCCUUAUUAUGCACAAGAGAACCCAUACUGGAGAGAAACCGUACACGUGCUCAGCUUGUGGCAAAAACUUCAGUUGGAAAGGAUCCCUCCUUAUACAUGAAAGGACCCAUACAGGAGAGAGACCGCAUCAGUGCUCAGACUGUGGCAAAGGUUUCUGCGAUAAGCAGUCACUUAUUACGCACCGGAGAGCCCACACGGGAGAGAAACCAUAUGAGUGCUCCAAGUGCGGCAAACGGUUCGGUUAUGCUCCUAACCUCGUCCGCCAUAAGAAGCUACACACAGGAGAGAAGCCCUACCAGUGCUCUCACUGUGGGAAAUGGUUCUCUCAGCCUUCUGACCUCCUGAGACAUGAGACAAUCCACACGCGAGAGAAGCCACAUAAGUGCACGGACUGUGACAAGAGCUUCAGCCAGAAAGCAUCCCUCAUUGGACACAAGAGAACACAUACAGGAGAGAAGCCGUAUGAGUGCUCUGAGUGUGAGAAAAGAUUCUGUAGUUUCUCCGGAUUCCGUAAACAUCAGAGAAUCCACACCGGAGUGAAACUAUAAGAAUGCUUGGAGUGUAAGAAAGGCUGAGACUUGAAAGCUUAGGUGGUGAGAAAAGAUUCUUCCAGUUGGAGCUCCAGUCAUGGGGGACACUGGAAAAUUUAUACAGGAGCACAGAUUUCCAGACACUUGCUCUUAACAUCUUAGGGGGGAGGGACAAUGGGUUGAAUCUGGAGAAGCAUGAGUGAAAUUCCACUUGUGCAAUGGGAGUUUCCCACCCCCUCUUCCCCACUGCAAACCCCAGUUCUGCUCUUGAAGGAUAGGGGAUCCUCCAGAAUGGAGGGUUGCCAUGGGAGGAGGCGAUAAGAAUUUGGGGGAUACUCCUUUCACAAGUGGAACUGCAUUCUGCUCAUACUAGGCACCUUUAGAACCAAGCCAGAAUCUUGAAAUAUCUUUGCCUGGGGCAAUGUUUUCCAGAAUUGCUCUCAGGGUGCUAAACAUUGGAAAAUCUACUGCAGUUGCUGAACAUGUUCACUCCUCAUGUCUAUUUAUUUUACUAUGGAGAAGAAAAACGUUAUGACACCAAGAACUGAGCAACGAUUCAUUUGAUGUUCCUGAAGGGUUUUAUUCAGCUCUUGUGCAAGGCUGGUGACGAGAUACUGGGUGCUUGCUUUGGCGGGGGAGAGUGGUCUUAAUAAUGCACAGGCACUGGAAAAAUUCCAUUUUGCUGCAGAUGGGCUGGGUGUGAUGGAGGUUCAGUGUUUAACAUUUCCAUUUCACUUAACCAUUGUUACCCAUCCAGAGCAGCUGGGAUUAACUAGAAAUAUGAAUGCAAACAAUAUCCCUCAAACCUCUUUCCCCUGCCUUGAACAAUGCAGAUCAUUGCAUUUAUUCCAAUCAUCCAUUAUGAUCCAGUGGUGGCUGGGGAGGGCCGCACAGAGGGUGCGGCGAGAGUCCCUUUAACUGGCGAUAUCACCGGCAUUCCACAGUUAGAUUCCCACCUACAGCACUCACCUGGCCACUGCACAUGCGCAGUGGAUUAAGUCUGUUAAAGGUACCUCUCGCCACACCUCUUGCACCGCCCUCCCCGACUGCCACUGUUAUGAUCCCCUUAAUGCCUUUUCAGUGAUCCAGCGAAACAGGAUGCUGGACUAGAUGGGCCUUGGGCCUGAUCCAGCAGGGCUGUUCUUAGGUUCAGUGCCGUGCACUGGCUCCUGCCCCACUUUCCUGUAUACAUUUCUCCAGUCAUCUGUUCAAUCUGUCUUCAAUCUCUUGCUCAGGCUUGCCUCUCUUUCCCUCCGACCCUUCUCAUUCGCUGCACUCCUGUGGGGCACUGGAGGGUCCGUGAAUCAGGACUGCUCUCAGGGUGAGGCUGCAGUGCCUUAUCUUCUGUAGCCACCAGGGCUCAGGUUGGGCAUAUUGCUGAGCUCUGUGGCUCCAGGGCUCCAUCUAGGCUGCACUACCAGCCUGCCAAAACACCCCCUCAGCUGACCCCAUGGGCCAAUGUCUGCUGUCUGCUAGUCCCUGCAAAGCCCUGGCCUAGCCCUGGCCAACAUAAGGCCUGGAGGCCGGAUCUGGCCCGCGGGGACUUUUUGGCUGGCCCCAGGGCUGGCCCAAAGUAUUGUGGUGCUUGAGGUGAGGUGCAAAAUUCCUCCUUGCCCCAUGGACCUGGCGGGGGUCAGCCCCUUUUCAAAACUGACCUUUGAAGGCGUUGGACGUGCAAGGAACUGCAAGGAAGAGGAGAGGUUGCUAGGAGCCUCCUCUUCCCUCCUCAUACUUGUUUUCAUUAAUAUUUUUAAUUAAUUAAUUUUCAUGUAAUCAUUAAUGUGUUGAGAAUGUAUCUUGGCCCUUGCCUACCAAGUCAUGGUUUGUUCUGGCCCACCAGGGUAUUUGACUUAUGCAUGCCUGCCCUAGUCUCAGAGCUUGCUCCUCAUUCUGAUCCACUUGCCUCUCAAUACCAGUUGCAGGGGAGUAGCAGGAGGAGAGAGGGCAUGCCCUCGGCUCUUGCCUGUGGGCUCCCCAGAGGCAUCUGGUGGGCCACUGUGCGAAGCAGGAUGCUGGACUAGGUGGGCCUUGGGCCUGAUCUACCAGGGCUUUUUCUUAUGUUAACUUGUCACUGGUGUGAGGGCACUGCCUAUGAGCCUGCAGCUUUGGAUCCUGAACCAGCCUGUCUUUCGUCACACCAGCUUCUGGCCCCCUCUGAUUCUGCCUGCUGUUUUGGAUGCAGUACCUGCUUCUGGUUUGUCUGAACUGACUGCCAGCUCCUUCCAUUCUGGGUCCCAGAACCUGACUGCUUGGAGUCUCAGACAACUUGUCCUCCAUAAAUCAAAAACUAUAUUUCCCAUUUCUCAUCUGUGCUUCUCUUCUUUUCUACUCCUGCCACUGGAAGCUUUACUUCUUGGCAUCCCUCUGGCUCUUUCCAUUGGUAAUUAAACUCGCCUCCUUCUAUUUUCUCCCCUACAGCACUUUUAACUUUCCCCUCCCUCUAUGUGUUGUGUCUGACUUAGAUUGUAAACCUGAAGACUGAGCCUUACGUACAGUGCCUAGUUUAGAUAGCUGCUCUACAAACAAAGAAAACCAUGUUGAAAACAUUUGUUGUUAAAUUUUAGCGUGUGCAGUUCCAUAUAUACUCUCUGUCUUUGGGCUGGAGGCCUGGGAAGAAUCUUGCCCUUCACUUCACUUCAUAGUCUGGGAAUAAAAAAGGCUGCCGGUGA